UAGAUGAACCCAAUCAAAAUGGCGACUACUACUUUAACUAGAACGAUUUUGUUACCAAAAAAAAGUACAGAUUUUAACGUUUUUGUGCUCAUUAUGUCUAUUAUGUUUGCAUUUGGAGAAUCACUACAAGUUUCAUAUCUGUCCAACAGCUGUAAUACUACAAUCCCAGCAGAUAUCACAGGCCUGGUUGAGCCGGACAGCAGCCUGCGAUACAGUAACAAUCAGGACUGUCAUGUAGUCCUCUCUACAGACUCAAACAAGAAGCUGCUUUUGCAGUUCAACAGAUUUGUCUUGGAAGAGGCUGUAAAUGGAGAAUGUGUGGACAGUCUGAGGGUGCAUGAUGGAGAGAGUGACCUGGCAUCACCUUUGAGCCCUAAGCUCUGCGGCCGCCAGACCCUGUCUGAGGUGGUCUCCACUGGCAGCAAUGUGACCUUCGUGUUUGAGACGGACGACUCUGGGGUCAGUCUGGGAUUUGGAAUCCUCUACACAGUAUUUGAAGAUGCACCAUGUACGGCUGCUCAGUUUCAGUGUAACAACAGUAGAUGCAUUGAUAUAUCUCUCAUCUGUGAUUCCUUGAACAACUGUGGAGAUAACAGCGAUGAAGCCCAAUGCACGGACUUCAUGGAAACGUCCAGUGGACUGACCCUCGGUCAGAUCGUCCUCAUCGCCAUCGGAGGCAUUGUCCUGGUGGUCGUCGUCAUCUUCGCCGUGAGAUCGGCCGCUCAGAAGCUGCGCUCCAACAAGCUCCUGAAACAGCUCAAAGAUGACAUGGACAACUCCAGGGUGGAUAACGAGUAUAGCAAUAAAGACUUCUGGGGCAAGUGAGGGGGCAGACAGGACAAGUGAGGGGGCAGGCAGGGCAAAUAAACUGGUAUAGAAAGUUGCGAAUUUGCCUAACUCAAAGAAUUAAAGACAUCUGGGG